AUGACAGUUCGUCUCGGCAGCAAAACCCUGGUCGUAGCUUCGUCGCCGGAAAUGGCUCAGCAAGUCUUGCAAAAGCACGACGAGGCCUUCUCGGGUCGGGUCAUAUCUGACACCAUCACCAAAGUCCAAAACUACGACCUGAGCCUGGUCUGGAUGCCCGCCGGAGAUAAGUCACGCUUAAUCCGGCGAGCUCUCAGCACUUUUUUGCUGCACCCAAUGAAGCUGGACACUCUAGUCGGGCUUCGCUACAAGGCGAUGCAAGAGAUGGUUCAACAUGUAACAAAGUUUAAUAUUGCUGAUGCUUUCCCUUGGCUGAAGCCUUUAGAUCCUCAGGGAUUGAAGCGGAGAGCGAAAGUUGCUUACAACUGGCUUAAUUCUGUUUCUAAUGAUUUUGUCACGAAGAGGCUGCAGCACAGGAAGCUUAAGAUAGCCAGACAUGGGGAUAUGCUAGAUUCCCUUCUUGAUUAUUUUCAAGAAGAGCUUGAGCUCAACUAUGAAUAUGUCAAGUUUAUCCUAGUGGAGUUACUACUUGGAGGUACAGAAACAAGUUCAAUUACCACUGAAUGGGUGAUGACAGAACUAAUACUCAAUCCGAAUAUAAUGGCAACGGUGCGCGAGGAAAUUAAGAAAAAGGUGGGAGAUGAAGGAAGAAUAGAAGAAUCAGACGUACUCGAAUUGCCCUACUUACAAGCUGUAAUAAAAGAAACAAUGAGGUUGCACCUCACUCUGCCGCUUCUCAUCCCUCACAAAACAGAGACAGAGGGUCAGCAUUUUUCCUUCCUUCCUUUUGGUUCUGGCCGGCGAAUGUGCCCGGGAAUUCCCCUUGCUCAUAGGGUUGUGAGUUUGAUGGUGGCUUCGCUUGUUUAUCACUUUGACUGGAAUCUCCCUCAUGGAUUGACACCAGAGAAGCUGGACAUGAAUGAUACCUUUGGCCUGGCGUUACAGAAGGCAUCCCACUUAUGGCCGUACCAACAAUUUGCCAAAAAUAAAUUUUAA